ACGAGUAAGCCAAUAGUUAAUCUUCUCCCGCUGUGCUAAAAUAUAAUAAAGCAAAAGUAAUAAAGUUGGAGACCAAGCACCAGUCUUCAGAGCCGCAGCGGUGCAAAGACAAGGAAGCCACAAGGAAACGCUUUUUGUACCGCUAUGGACCCUGCAAAGUUUUCCAGGAAACUCUGGUGCAUGCGCCAACAGCUCAUUCUGAUCCUCACGCCGCUGGUGUUGCUCCCUGUGCUCUUCGUUGUGCCGCCAAAGGAAGGAAAAUGUUUGUAUGUAGUGUUGCUUAUGGCAUUGUACUGGUGCACUGAAGCGCUCCCACUGGCAGUGACUGCCAUGCUUCCUGUGUGCCUCUUCCCCACUAUGGGAAUCCUACCUUCUAAGAAGGUAUGUCCACAGUAUUUCCUUGAGACUAACUUCCUGUUCCUGAGCGGCUUAGUGAUGGCAUCCGCAAUAGAGGAGUGGGGUCUCCAUCGCCGCAUUGCCCUCAAAGUGCUGAAAAUCGUGGGAGUGAAACCGGCAUGGCUGAUUUUAGGGAUGAUGGUCACUUCCUCUUUUCUGUCAAUGUGGUUAAGUAAUACAGCCACAACAGCCAUGAUGCUUCCUAUUGCUAAUGCCAUACUGGAAAGUCUGUUUGGGAAUCUGGAGGCUUUAAAAGAGAACUGCAAGGUCAAGAGUGACCCAGAGGGUGAUUCCCAGGUGAAGAUGUACGUACUACCUUCUGAAAAACAGAUCUUGACAACAGAUGACAAGUCUGUCUGGACAGACAGAUCAGAGAAAAAGAAUUUGGAAGAGAUCAGAAAAGAGGCAGAAUACCAGAUAAGAGUGUGGAAAGGAUUUCUGAUCUGUAUACCUUAUGCUGCAAGCAUUGGAGGAACGGCGACCCUCACCGGCACUGCCCCUAACUUGAUCCUGGUGGGUCAGCUGAAGAGCUACUUCCCUGAAUGUGACCUCAUCAAUUUCGGCUCAUGGUUUGUCUUCGCCUUCCCGCUCAUGCUCCUCUUCCUUAUCCUGGGCUGGAUCUGGAUUGCUUUCCUCUAUGGGGGGCUCAAUACACGACUAUGUAUAAGUAAACACGAUGAACGUGCAGCUGCAGAAGCUAAAGCCAAAACUGUUAUUGAUGAAGACUACAAAAAACUGGGGCCAAUAAAAUUUGCAGAAGGAUCCAUCGCUUUCUUCUUCAUUCUUUUUGCUAUCCUUCUGUUCACCCGAGAUCCAAAGUUUGUAACAGGAUGGUCCAUUUUCUUCACCAAAGGCUAUGUAUCUGAUGCUGUUACUGGAGUCAUUAUCAUCUCCUUCCUCUUUUUCUUUCCAUCCCAGCGUCCAUCUAGCCGCUGGUGGUUCGAUCCGAGAGCUUCAAAUACUCCAUAUGUGCCCUUGUUGUCAUGGAGAAAAGCUCAGGAGUGUGUGCCAUGGAAUAUUAUUUUGCUUUUGGGUGGUGGAUUUGCAAUGGCCAAAGGCUGUGAGGAGUCAGGGUUAGCAGUGUGGAUAGGAAGCCACUUGGAGCCUCUCGCCCAGGUUCCUUCUGCUGUCGCAGUCAUGCUCAUCACAGCCUUCAUUGCCUGCUUCACUGAGUUUGCCAGUAACACAGCCACCAUCAUCAUCUUCCUUCCCGUCAUCGCUGAACUGGCCAUCCGUGUGAAAGUCAAUCCACUGUACUUCAUGAUCCCAGCAACAAUGGGUUGCUCUUAUGCUUUCAUGCUUCCUGUGUCAACACCCCCCAACUCAAUCGCCUUUGCCUCUGGACACCUGAUGGUCAAAGAUAUGGUGAAGACUGGGUUUGUGAUGAACAUCCUGGGAAUUAUGUGUGUGUUUCUGGCCAUGAACACAUGGGGUCUUCAAAUGUUCAAUCUACACAUGUACCCUGACUGGGCAAGACCUUUAAAUGCUACCUCAGCAACUGUGCCUACACAUACCAUACCAGCUACGAAUAUGACGUGCUAGAGAACACAUGCCUACACACAUGCAAACCAGCAUAUGGACAUGUACACGGGGACUAAAAACGGUUCAAGGAAUGAAAACCGAAAACGAACAAUUUCUUCUGCAGAACGUAACCGAAAAUGGGAACAAAGUGAUUUUAAAUUGUUUCAAAUUGAAAACAUUAUUUUUAAAUGCUUGUAACCGGUUAUAACCGGUUAAUUUCGUUCUGAUAAUUUUUCAUGAAGCCAAAGGUUUAUCACAGUAAUUUUUUGGAACUACAACACUUCAUGUUGCCAGAAAAAUUAAAAAUGUGCUUUGAUUUAGAAGGAAACUGGUGCAUCACACAUUUCUUUGCCUAAUUGCCCAUUGUGGUUGUCGCAUUCUGUUAAUGAAGACCUUUUUUAACAACUAUGUAUAAUUACCACAUAUACUGUACAUGCAUGGCUAAUUCAAAUACAGGGAAAACAUUAUUAGAAAGUACAUUUCUCAGUUGUUUCCAAGUCUUCACUUAAUUAUUGUUAGAUAUGAUGAAUUGAUACAGUUUUGAUACUGCUGUGUUUUGACUGAGAAACAGAUCUUUAAUUAUUUUUAAUUGUUAAUUAACUGUAUGCUUGUUAUGAUUUCUGUGCUGAUAAUUCCACCACACAGGGGAAAAAAUAGCUUAUUUUGGUGAGGAAUGUGGCUUAUUUUGGGCCUGUUUUUCCAGACCAUGUUGCUUGUUUCUCUUGCGAGAUCUGGCAAAACUGCAAUUGGUAUUUCACCCACCCUUUAGGAGUACUGUCAUUUUAAAAAGAACAUUAUUAACUGUUCUUUUAUUUUGUUCUAACCAGUUACCAUUUUGAAAGAAGGCUGCGGAACAUCUGAACCAGAACAAAAAAAUACAGUUUCUGCUCAGAACGAACCAAAAUGAAAAACGUUUAAUUUUUAGUCCCUGCAUGUUCAUGCAUACGCACACACUAUUCUUGUGAAGUGAAUAAAAUCCAUGUAUAUAAGACCAAGUUUAUGAUACUUUCAGUCCAGAUUCUGUAUAUACUGUAGAUAUAAGACUGAAACCAAAUGGAAAAUGAACUGACGAAAUUACCACUGUAGAUGGAGCAACAUACUUUCAUGACCUCACUUCCUGUUCAGCACUGCCCUCUUGUGCAUUGAAGGAAACUAACGGGUGAUGUUUAAGAAGUAUAUUAAGUUCAUAUAUGUAGUUUAAAGCUGGUCUUUAAAUCUUAAAAUCUUUUAAGGAAUCCUAAGCAUCUUCUUGUAGAUUGUAAAUUUGUUCUAUUAAUGUAAUUUGUAUAAUGUUAAUUUGUGUGCAGUUGUUUUCUUCCAGUAAUUAAUCUCCAAUAUUUCCAUGUCAAAUUUUUAUCAUCUUGUGUCUAUUAUCUAUAAAUCUUAAUUAAAGGUUUGAUCCAACAAAACUACGCUGAGUUAUUGGCAAACCCCUAAUUAGACCAAGUCAUAUAUUUAACAUGCAUUUUUAUUGUUACACUCGCACCCACACAAACACAGAACACAGAAACACAUUUCAAAGAACAACAAAUACAAAUCAAAAAAGAUCAUUCAGGUAAAUAAUCAAUCCAUACAAAGGAGAUAUGAUGUCAUUGUUCCCUGUACAGAACAGUAUAAAUUCAUUAGAAAGGACUGUGGUAAAAAUGAAAAUGUACAG